AUGGGAAAAUGCUUUCGGUCCUUUAAGAACUUGCUAACAGUGAAGUACAUUCUUCCUUUUGAAGACCAACCGAAGCUCCUCAAAAGACCACCAAUUCAAUAUACUUUUAUUGAGGAUGAAGAUUGGACAAUAUUUGUCAAAGAUAGAUUGUCUGACAACUUUAAGGAAUAUCGAGAAAUUCAAAAAGAAAGAAGAAAGAGAAACAUUUAUAAUCACCAUCUAAGUAGGAAAGGAUAUGCCGGUCUUGAGGAAGAGAUGAUGGUUGCAAGUGGAUCAAUUGAAACUAUUGAUCAAAGCAUAUUGUGGAAGAAAGUAAGGGAAAAAAAGGACGGCACCUUUGAUGAAGUGGCCAUACCAGUAAUUGAGAAAAUAGACAAGCUAUUGAAAGAGUCUCAAGAGAAUGGUAGAAGUGUUAGUGGAAGUAAUGAUAUACUUGUGGAAGCAUUGGGUACUCCUGAGUAUAGUGGUCGAGUUAGGGCCAAAGGGAAGCACUACACACCUCGCCAAUAUUUCAAUAGUGCUGCAGAUCGUGCUGUCAGGGAUUUCAUAGCAGCAUCUAAAGAAGAACAAAGAAUAUUUCAGGCAGAAGUGCUAGCAAAACUGACUCAAGUAGAAGUUGUUACUCCCCAAUCUGAUGUUAGCAGUUCAAACAUGAAGCAAAAACAACUUCUCCUACCAGAAGCAGUGGAUAAGCCAAUCCGUAAAGUUGAAGAUGUGACCUCACCAAAAGCAAUAGAACCACAGAAGAAGGCAUUUAUUCAGUUAAGCUAA